AUGACUGCGACCAACUUUACGUGCUUUUUCUUUUAUACUGGAUGGGAACAGGGCGAAAAAGAAACAUUUGCAAGUGUUGUCUUAUGCGUUUUGUGCGCUCUGCUCGCAUUGACUGCGAUCUCGGGAAAUGGUAUUGUCAUCUUUGUAAUAUGGAGCACACGGGAGCUACAUUCGCCAUCUUUGGUUUUGCUGCUGCUCUUGGCCGCGUCAGAUUUUCUUGUCGGAUUGGUUGGCCAGCCAUUCUUCGUUGCUUUCAAGAUUGCGGAGAGCCUCAGAUAUUUCAGCGCGUAUUGUAACUUGCGACUGAUUCAGUUUUUUUCUGGGUGGAUAACUUCUGGUGUGUCUUUUAUUACACUUAGUGCCAUCUCUGUCGACAGACUACUCGCUUUAAUCCUCCAUUUGCGUUACAAAAACAUCAUCACAGUACGACGUGUGAUAAUAGCAGUGAUCGUUGUUUGGCUGGUUUGCUCCAUUGUGACCAUAUUGAAAUUUUGGGUGCAAAACUGGAUCAUUAUCGCAGUUUGUACUAAUUCAUCGGCUGCUGUAGUAAUUGCGUUUUGUACUGGUAAAAUUUUUCGAAUUGCGCGAAGACACGAGCGGCGCAUUAAGGAACAGAACGUUGCAAUAACACUUAACCCAUCCUUGGCGGGGGACUUUAACGUACGUAAAUGUAAAAAGUCUGCCAUGACAGUAAUUUAUAUUUUCGGCUUGAUGUUGAUGUUAUAUAUUCCUUUCUUUGCCGUUAUGGCUGUGGAAAUUAUCAAAGGAAAAACAAAUUUAGUUAAAGUCGCUUACGAGUGGGCUUCGUUGAUCGUUUUCAUAAACUCGUCCGUCAAUCCCGUUAUCUACUGCUGGAGAAUGAAACAAAUACGAAACGGCAUUAAAAGGUUUUUCGGGAGAUCAAUUUGC